AUGGAAAAUGUAUAUUGUCAAGGUAUAGGGAUGUUGAAGGUUGGGGAUACUGACACAUAUCCAAUGAGAGCAAUCAACGUGUGUGUACGAUUAAGAAUGAUCUAUUUGGUGCAAAGUAGUAUGUCUGAAGAAGAAAAGUGGUGGCAUCCAAACAAAUUACCACCAAGUGGUUACCAAUCCAAUAUUGCUCAAGAUCAUGAUAGAAAAUCAUUUUAUCCAUUCAAUAGUGAAUUGGGUUAUAGAAUUUUCAAAAGAAUAAUAGAAAUGAAGCGAACAGGUAUAGAACAGCAAAACAAUCAAGAAAAUACAUAUCGUCCAAAAUAUGUUAAUCAAAUGAAUAAAGAUGAGCGUUUUCUUUUGAAGCAAAGUGUUUGUUCGCAGAAACCUAACUCAAUUUCAUCGAAUUCUGCAUUCAAUCAAUUUAGAUCCAUAGAAAAUAUGCCAGAAUUUUAUUUAAAUCUAAAAUGUGAUAUCGAUGAUCUAGAGUAA